AAAAGAGUGAAAGAUCUUAGGCUUUGAUGGUUCCCAAGAUCACAUCUAUGGCGGUCACUAGACCUCUCUGCUCAGUAUCUUGCUUAUUCCUCUCCUUCUCUCUCGUCUUCAUCAUCCCACUUCUCUUCUUCUUCUCAAAUUUCUUAAUAUCCGACCCAAAUCCGAGGAUUUCACACAAUACGUUCCAAAACGGCAUCAAUGUCUUCGUAGCUGAGCUUCCGAGAUCCCUAAAUUAUGGUCUUCUCGAGAAGUAUUGGUCCUCUUCUCCAGAUUCUCGAAUACCCAACGACCCGGAUCGCCCGACCCGGAAAACCAAUUUGCCCAAACCGGAUAAAUACCCACCGUACCCGGAGAAUCCGCUGAUUAAGCAGUACAGUGCCGAGUAUUGGAUCAUGGGAGACCUCGAGACUCCGCCGGAGAAUCGAGCUGGAUCUUUCGCCAAAAGGGUCUUCAGUGAAUCCGACGCCGAUGUGGUUUUCGUGCCGUUCUUCGCGACGCUAAGCGCGGAGAUGGAGCUGGGAAAUGGCAAAGGCUCCUUUAGGAAGAAAUCUGGUAACGAAGAUUACCAGAGGCAGAGACAAGUGCUUGAUUUCGUGAAGAACACUCAAGCUUGGAAGCGAUCCAAUGGCCGUGAUCACGUUUUUGUUCUAACCGACCCAGUUGCAAUGUGGCAUGUUCGUGAGGAGAUUGCUUUAUCGAUUCUCCUAGUGGUGGAUUUUGGAGGAUGGUUCAGGCAAGAUUCCAAGUCCUCCAGCGGUACUAGCUUGCCCGAGAAGAUAGAACAUACGCAAGUCUCAGUUAUUAAGGAUGUGAUAGUUCCAUACACGCAUCUACUUCCUCGACUAGAUUUGUCCCGGAACCAGAGACGUCACAGCCUUCUUUAUUUCAAAGGCGCUAAGCAUAGACAUCGGGGAGGGUUAAUUAGAGAGAAACUAUGGGACUUGCUUGUCGAUGAAGACGGUGUUGUCAUGGAAGAAGGUUUCCCUAAUGCAACGGGAAGAGAACAAUCGAUAAGAGGAAUGAGAAACUCAGAGUUCUGCUUGCAUCCAGCUGGUGACACUCCAACUUCAUGCCGUCUCUUUGACGCCAUACAAAGCCUAUGCAUCCCUGUGAUUGUCAGCGACACCAUAGAGCUCCCGUUUGAGGGAAUUAUCGACUACUCUGAAUUCUCGGUCUUUGUCUCUGUAAGUGAUGCAUUAACACCUAAAUGGUUGGCUAAUCAUCUCAGAAGGUUCUCUGAAAGAGACAAGGAAACGUUCAGAAGCAGAAUGGCAAAGGUUCAGAGAGUUUUUGUUUAUGAUAAUGGUCAAGCCGAUGGGAUUGGACCGGUACAACCUGAUGGUGCGGUGAAUCACAUAUGGAAGAAGGUUUGGGAGAAAGUGCCAAUGGUGAAGGAAGCAGUGAUUAGAGAGAGGAGGAAACCAGCAGGUGCUUCUGUUCCUCUUCGGUGUCAAUGUAUCUGAAUUAUGGAACAAAACUCAAAAGAAAAAGAAGUGUUUUUUUUUGUUCACUUUUGUUUUUGUUUACGAAUAUUGUUAUGGCCUUUGCAUUAGAAGAUACUCGUUCCCUUUGGUUUAGCUUACCAACACUAAAAUACUU